AUGGGCCUGUCCGGCCGCGACGACGACGUCGAGCACGCCUUGUCCAUUGUUACGGAGCCUGGCGGCUUCGGGCUUUGCUCGGAGUACGCCCUGGCCACAACUUCCGCCCACGUCUUGAGGAUCAAGUUCAACACCGCCGCGGAGUCCAAGGAGAUCCUUGACUCCUGGAUGGCGAACGGCCUCCCGCCAAAGGCGCUUUGGCCAGAUAGCAUGGCCGAGAAACUGGGGCGGUUCUGCGUGCGGAAGAAGCAGACCAUCCGCUGCUUCAGAUCGUACGCGAGAGAGGUCACGCGGAACUUUGACGAAGCGUGCAAGCUCGUGGACAAGUGCCGCGGCCUGUACGUCAUCGUCAUCGUGGCCAGAGUACCGCCAACUUCGACGAGAACGCACGCCAUGGCAGGCGUGCGUUGGUGCCUGGACGGCACGUUGGCGUGCCUGAACUCGUGGGGCUCGGACGAAGAGGUCUACGAAUUCGUCGCAGUGUCCAGCUUCGUCUCGGCAUACUCCACCGACGUGGUGGUGAGCAGGCGCUUCAAGCCUUCCCAGCGCGAGAGCCGCCAAGACGAGGGUUGCAAGAAGAUGAAGCAUGCCUUUGCCGUUGUCUUGAACUACCAGGGGGACAUCGACAUGGCCGCGGUGCGGGAGGCUAUGGCGGUCAACGACUACAAUGGCCUGCCAGAGCUAUUGCGCCCCAGAACAAACUGGGAAGCCCUUUACACGAUGCAGUUGGCACUGGUGCCCGCUGGCGACGGCGACGGGACAGACAUCAUCAAGUACUUUCUGUUCUCGGGCCCGCAGCCGUUGGUCGACGUCGAGAACCGCCUCCUGCGUGAGAAUGAAGUGUUGUACGCGCUAUCUUGGGGCAAGGGGGCGGACGUCAAGACGCCGUGGGAAGUCUUGGUCUACAUGGUGGAUCGGCUCGGCGGCGCGCACUUCCGUUACCACCUACCCCCGCAGGAGAAGGGCGAAAAGGAGAAGCAGAAGAAGUGCCUUCCCCAGGACAUGAUCGUAUCCCAGUACCAGUUCAUUAAGGACAACGCCCCGCGCGGCAACUUCGAUUGCGAACAGAUGAUGUGGAUCGACUUCCAGCUGAACGACCCGCAGAGCCCCAUCCACAGCUGGGAAGAGGGGAAGAUUAAGGAGGUUCUCUCGCACAUUAAGGACCAGGGCAUUCAGGCGAACAAGAUCACGUACCACCCCAUCUUCAUCUUCGACACAGGGGGCGAGGGCGUCGAGCGCGCGCAGCGCAUCGUGCCUACUUUCAAGGGCCACUCCUGCCUCAUGGUCGGCGAGCCUGGCGAGGGGGAGACGCCGUGCCUGGAGACGCUGGCAUUCGCCAUGGGCGACUACUACGCAGACAAGCUGGGGGGCCGCGGCUUGGCCUCGUUCAGAGAGGGGCCAGACCUGGAUUUCUUCAGGGCCGAAGAGGGCACGAAGCACUGCCCGUGCGUCUUUGAUGACGGCGACUUGUUCGAGCAGCGCCCGAAGACGUUGAAGGCUUUCUUGGGCGUCGGCCAGUUCCAGGCGAUGACGAGGGGGCGGUGGGGGGCUGCCGAGUUCGUUCGGGGUCAGGCGCGCUUCGCCGCGGAGAACAUGUGCGACGAGACGGCUGUCCCCACCAUGGACGCGUGGCGCGGUCUGUGCAUCUUGUCGCCAGCUGAGGCCAAGCAGAAGCGAAACCAGUACUUCUUCGACAUGCUCAAGCGCACGUUCCCCAAGGACAUGUCCAAAGCGAACGUCAUGGCCCUCUUGAAGCGGUCCUCCGCGGUCGUGAACACCCCCAAUGACGUGUUCGAGCGCUUGGCGGGUUUGGACUCGGACGUGGCGAGGGCCCCGAAGGUUGGCCACUACAUUACCAAGGCAGCGGGGAAUAUUCUCUACGACUACAUCCACAACGGCGCGAUGCGGGACGCCGAGGAAUACAACUCGCUGAGGGACAAGCAGCUCCGCUUCAUGAAGGCGCUGCUGGACAAGGGUUCCGUGCCCCUGCCUCUCUCGGUCAAGGAGGAGCAGCCGCCUGACGGCGCCGAGGGCGGCAGUAGUUCGUCGGCGGCCCGCGAGCCCCUCCCGCCCUUGCCCAAGCGCAUCUGCUGGGCGAGGUCGUUCGGGAGCAUCCCGGAGGUCGAGAUCGACCACUCGAGCUCGCCCGAAGAGGCCCGCGGCGCCGCCGCCGCGCCCGGUAGCCAGGACCUCGCCGCUGCGCUCGCCGAUGCAGACAACGGCGAUCCGCUCGGCCUGGGCGGCGGAAUGAAUGCCGAUGCGUCGGUGGAGCUCGAGGAGCGGGCCGGCGGGGCUGGAACGGCCCUGUCGCGAGGCGUCUUCUACGGCCGCCCGAUCCUGAGGAUCCCGGGGGGCGCGGUGCUGGCGCCGCGCGCCGAGGCGGCGGCGGCGCUGCCAGAUGGUGCGGGCGCCGGCGGUGGCAUCUCCUCUGCCGUUUUUUGUUCCUCGGUCUUCGGGGGGCCCCCGGCGCACCUGCUGGGCCUGGCUCUCACGCUGCUGCUGGAGCGGAGGGAUCCCAGGUCCAACUUCUCGGAGUGGCUGGCCCGCGCGGCCGCCGCCGCCCCGCCGCCCGCCCUGCGCCUCUCGGAGAGGCAGCUGCUGCCCCUCGCCGGCACGACCGUCCAGGACCUGCCGGCCGGCCUGGCCCGGGAGCUGCGCAUCGUCGAGGACGCCGCGAGCGAGCUCGGCGCCUUCCAGGAGAGGCCCGUGGAGCCUGGCGAG